AUGAUCUCCUGGGUGCCGGUCUUCUGCUGCCGCCGUUCGUUGGCGUUGCGCCUCAGCGGCACGGUUGCGACUGCGGGCACGUCCACAUUGUCCAACAAGGUAAGGCGAGCCUCCCCCACCUCCUCCCCAGAGACACAGACGUUCCCUUGCGCCGCGUCCGGUGCAGCAGCGGAGUGGUCUGCUACCCUCCCGGACAUCCCCUACGGCUUUCCGGAGAGAGACUCCAGCGUUUUUGCCGCGGAGCGAAGCGGUGGCCUCCAGAAGCAGUGGCUGCAAGACCUUCCACGCCAGGUCGGCAGCAGCACCAACAGCGCCAGCCCCAACGCCGACUCGGUCCUGGUGGAGCGCUACCUCCCCAACAAAGAGGACUUCUGGCGGAGUCCGCCGUACGAGGCGCUGCGUGAGGUUGUGCUGCACUCCCCGUACCACGACGCGUUGAAGAUUAUCAUGGAGCACGACUACCGCUUUCUCUUUGCCGAUGUCAUGUGCAACGCCGAGGCGCCGAUGCCACACAUCAUCUACGAGGACUUCAUGAAGUGUCUUACGUUUUCCUCGCGUCAGCAGCCGCCGGAGGAACAGUUUGCGCUUCCCGAGCCCGUGUUGCGGGAUUUGCUCUGCUGGGCGGCCUACUACUGCACGCUGGACCACUUCUACUUCACCUCCGCCUCCAUGCUCUUCCGCAAGGUGGAGCAGGAGCAGCACAUGAGUGCGGCUGUGCACAGUGCGUGGGUGUAUAUCUGCACGGCGGCGGGCAAGCUGGAAGAGGCGCUCGCCUACGCCGCCUACAUGGAUGCGCACAGCAUCCCCUUUGACGCGGACGUUUUUGCCCGCUUGAUGCAUCCAUCUCUCACCCCGGUCCAGCAGCACCUGCAGCAUGCGCCGCAGACAUCGAAGGGCAUCGUGCUGCAGCGGCGCCUCUGCCAAGACAUGAGCCAGCACCACGGCACGAUGUCAGUGGCGGUGCACGCCAUGUUCGUUUACCACAUCCUGACUCUCCGGCACACGCGCAAGUGGGAGGUGCUGCGUGGAGCUGCGGAGCUAUUCAAUCGGCGGCAACGGCGAGCGAGGAGCAGAAGCGGUCUUGUGGCUCCUGCUUUCUUCACACCAGCUGCUGUGUCCGCCGCGGAGUCGCCGCAGGAGGUGAUCUGCUCCCGCACGAUGCAGCUUGCCAUGUCGUUCUUCUGCAGGGAGAAGGGCGUCCGCUGGGGGCCUCGCACGACGAAGGAGAUGGUUGCCUUCAUGCUGGAAAACGAGGAGGCCGGCUGCACCAUGGCGGACGUGCUAUUUGUGCUAAUGCGCAUCCGACGCAACGAGCGGACAGGGAUUCUGGCCGCGCUUCCCAGAACAGCCUUCAGCGCAGAGGAGCAAGAGGCGCUGCUGCGCGUCACGUAUCGCCGCGCCCGGUGCGAUCUGUCGUACGCGGUAGCGGGGCCGCUGCUGCGUGAGGUGCUUGCAGCGGAUGGAGUCAGCGGCGCAGCGGCAGGGGAUGGCGGGAGUGGCAGCGACGAGGCUGUCGACCGUGCCAUGCGGCACCUGCAGAAGCUCGCCUCAUCAGUGGCGGACUACGACGCCUACGCUGCGACCUCGAAUGCUUCCCUCUCUCCAGCAGCGGCUGCGGGUACACUGUAUCGCGGCAGGGGAGAACGAUGUGCACCGGCAGCGGGGGAUGGCGCAGCCGUUGAUGACGAGCGGGGCAGCCCCACUUCUCUCUCGGGAGCCAAAAUGGAGCAGCUGUGCGAGGAAGAGAUGUCAUCGCCACCGGCGGAAACAGCGCGCGACCUCUUGGCUGCCGUGAUGGCGCUGGAUCGCGAAAGCGUGGUAGCAGCACCGGUGGCAAGAAGGGCGAGUGGCGCCGCACAAACAACGCUAAGCGAGUCGUCGCAAACUGCAUCCUUGACAGCGCCAGCGGCGCCAGAGGAGGAUCGGCUUCGCGAUCUUUACGUGUCCCUGGAAGCGAUGGGCACACCGUCAAGCCUGUCUGCAUGGUCGCUGCAGCAGCUGCAGCGGGAGGAAGAAGAGGCACGACUCCAUCGCCAGGCAGCGAAUGCGUGGAUAUCCCCCGCCUACGUGCCACAGUAA